AAGAGAGGUAACUCUUGUGAAAUCAGUGUCGUAUUAUUUCAUUGGUUGAAAAUAUUGAUCCAAUAAGAUUGCAUGUUGCAAACCCAAUUUGUUUAGAAGAGUUACUGCAAGGUCUUGGUGUCCGCUCGUUCGACAUUUUCGAUCGGUGAAAAGUCGCCGAGAAUUUACCGGUUUUUCCCUGCCGCUUGACCUUGACAGUUACGAUCACAACCUGUAUAUUGAAGAGGAUUGAAAUAAAUCACUGAUCUCGAAAGAGAACAAUCAUACCCGUAGGUGGGAAUUAAAACAAUUACCACCGUCAGGGAAUAGUUUUCAACAGCCACUGCGUUGUGCCUGUGGUGAUUUGUUGGAAAUCGCCACGCUGGCUCGUGAGCAUAUGUGUAGUUUUUGUCACACCAAAAGACACUUGCAUUUCAUAAAGACGUGAAAAUGUAUCGUGCAAAAACGUUUCUCUCGGGUCUUUCCAAACCUCAGACCCUUGGAAUUUUACUUCAAAGGACUUGUGCCAGUACACAAACCAUUCCAGAGAGGACUCAAACUUCACACUCGUUUCUGAAUGGCAGUUCUUCAGUGUACACAGAACACAUGUAUGAAGCAUGGCUGCAAGAUCCGUCUAGUGUGCACAAGUCCUGGGACGCCUAUUUUAAAAAUGGGGAAUUCACCAGUCCAUCUCAAUUGAUUCCACAUGCUCAGCCUUCCACUUCUGUAGACUUGCAGAAACAGAGCCAAGAAUACUAUCAUGUACAGAGUCUCAUCAGAUCAUAUCAGGAACGAGGACAUAAGAUUGCUGAGUUGGACCCCUUAGGAAUACAUUCAGCAGACUUGGAUUCAGAAUGUCCCAAAAGCCUCAUGCUGAGCUCCCACAACUUUGGAGAACAUGACCUGGAUCGGAAGUUUUUUUUGCCUGAUGAUAGUGUGACAUACAUUGGAGGGGAAGAAAAGGCUCUGACCUUGCGAGAAAUUAUCCGAAGACUAGAGAACAUUUACUGUAAACACAUUGGAAUUGAGUAUACCCACAUCAACAAUGAGGAACAGACUCGAUGGAUCAGGGAAAAGUUUGAGACGCCAAGAAUUCGAGAAUUUUCCGUGGACGAGAAACAUGUUACCUUGGCUCGUCUUGUUCGAUCACAAAGAUUUGAAGAGUUUCUGUCAACAAAGUGGACGUCUGAGAAGCGGUUUGGUUUGGAGGGCUGUGAGGUGCUAAUUCCUGGGAUGAAGACUAUCAUUGAUCGAUCUACUGAGUAUGGUGUAGAGAGCUUCAUUGUCGGAAUGCCACACAGAGGAAGACUUAAUGUAUUGGCCAAUGUCUGCCGAAAGCCCCUGGAGAACAUCUUCUGUCAGUUCGACUCCAAAUUAAAUGAAGAGGACGAAGGCUCUGGAGACGUGAAGUACCAUCUUGGAAUGUCGCACCACCGACUGAACAGGGUCACAAACAAAGAAAUCAAAAUCGCUGUGGUGGCUAAUCCAUCUCAUUUAGAGGCUGUUGGUCCUGUAGCUCAAGGCAAGACCAGACAUGAGCAGGAUUGUCUGGGAGACACAGACGGCAAAAGGGUUAUGAGUAUUCUGCUGCAUGGUGAUGCAGCAUUUUCUGGACAAGGAGUUGUGUAUGAGACUCUGCACUUGAGUGACCUUCCAGCAUUCACCACUCAUGGCACCAUUCAUAUUGUGGUUAACAAUCAGGUUGGAUUUACCACUGAUCCUCGAUUUUCGAGGUCCUCCCCCUACCCCACAGAUGUAGGGCGAGUGAUCAAUGCUCCCAUCUUCCACGUUAAUGCUGACUACCCCGAGGAGGUGGUAUAUGUGUGCAAGGUGGCUGCCGAGUGGAGAGCCACAUUUGGAAAGGAUGUGGUGGUAGAUCUGGUCUGCUACAGAAGAAAUGGACACAAUGAGAAUGACAAUCCUUACGUGACACAACCCAUUAUGUACAAGGCCAUAGAGAAGCAACAGCCAAUCAUGGAGAAGUAUGCAGAUGAACUUGUCAGUUCAGGGGUUGUUACUAAGGAAGAUUACAAGAAUGAAGUAGAAAAGUACGACCAUAUCUGUAAGAAGGCUUACGACGAUUCCAAGGGCAUCCUGGUGAACAAGAACAGCGAGUGGUUGGACUCGCCCUGGGGAGACUUCUUUGUCAACAAAGACCAGAUGAAAGUGGCGGCCACUGGUAUUCCCGAGGACGUGGUUUACAAGCUCGGUGUCCAAGCCAGCUCUGUCCCCAAAGAUCUAAAUAUUCACUCUAGUUUGAACCGAGUACUGAAGGCUCGUAUGAAGAUGAUUGAGGACAGAACCGUGGACUGGGCCCUAGGGGAGACCAUUGCUUACAUGUCCCUCCUGAUAGACGGCUAUCCGGUCAGACUUAGUGGACAGGAUGUGGAAAGAGGAACAUUUAGUCACCGUCAUCAUGUAAUUCAUGAUCAGAAGAUGGACAAGAAGACAUAUUGUCAGCUCAAUAACCUGGAUGGUCUGUUUGAGGGGAAGAAACCUGCAAUGUACACUGUGUGUAACAGCUCACUGUCAGAAUAUGCUGUGUUAGGAUUUGAGGUUGGCUUUAGUCAAGUGGACCCCAACUGUCUGGUUCUGUGGGAGGCCCAGUUUGGGGACUUUGCCAACACAGCCCAGCCAGUCAUUGAUCAGUUUAUCUCCUGUGGACAGGAUAAGUGGGUCAGACAACUUGGAUUGGUCUUGUUGCUUCCCCAUGGAUACGAGGGCAUGGGCCCUGAACACUCAAGUGGUAGAUUGGAACGGUUCCUGCAGAUGUCUAAUGAUGACCCCAGUCAGGAAUUGAUCCCGCAAAAUCUAGAGAAAUUUGGAGAAGAUUUUGCCAUGCAGCAGCUUCAUGAUAUCAACUGGUUUGUGUGUAACAUCUCCACGCCUGCGAACUACUUCCACGCCAUCCGUAGACAAAUCCUGCUUCCAUUCAGGAGACCUCUGAUUAACAUGAGCCCCAAGGCCAUUCUCCGUCUACCAGAGGCCAGGUCAUCGUUUGACGAAUUGACUAGUGAUACAGAGUUCAAGAGAAUUAUUCCUGAGACUGGAGUGGCAUUAGAGAACCCACAGGGAGUGAACAAGAUCGUCUUUUGUACCGGCAAAGUGUACUAUGAAAUCGCUAAAACCAGAAAAGUGAUGGAGAGGGAAGACCAAGUGGCUGUUGUUCGUGUAGAACAGAUUUCUCCAUUCCCUUAUGAUCUAGUUAGGGAUGAGAUUGCGAAAUACCCCAAUGCCAGUAUAUCCUGGGUUCAAGAGGAGCAUAAGAAUAUGGGAGCAUUCCAGUAUGUGGAGCCCAGACUGCGUCACCUCCUGACGUACAUGGGCAGGGAUGAUAAAGUCAAGUAUGAGGGCCGUUUCCCAGCUGCCUCUACUGCAGCAGGUAACAAGCAACUUCACGAACAGGAGCUGGAUGCCUUCAUGAGCAAUGUCUGCAACCCGGAUUACUUCUAAAACACCAAGAUAAACAUAGUGUAGACAAAACUACAGAGAAGACUUACUGAAAAUAAAUCAACACCACCACUAACAUGCCACUGAAUGUGCCUAAAUUGUUUUGUUCCAGUUCGCAGCACCUAUUUUUCUCUCCAUUUUUUUUUUUAGCAAGAUGUGAGUGAAUGUAUUGUUUAGGAAAGGAAGAACACAACAAUGAGCAUAAUUCUUUGGACAGAAUCUCCAAGGUUAUAUAUUUUUUUUCUGGGCUGGGUGUGUCUUUGUGUCACAGAAAUUGAAUUAAUAGUGAUAUAUGUAUUUAUUAUGUCGGAGCAUAUUUCCUUCAAAGGAAUUUUGAAAAAAUGUAAAUUUUUGUGUGAUAUGCAAUUGUACUAUUUUAAAAAGGCAAUUAAUUCUUUUCUCCCUGAUUGUUGAAUUUUAUUGUUGAUUUGUUGCAAAUGUUAUCAAUGAUUUCAUGUAUAUAUAUAAAAAAAAAAAGGGAUUUUAUUUUAGAGGAGACAGUUCUUAUCAGACUUGCUUUAUGACCAUCAGUAUGAUGUACACUUUCAGGGAUUGUUUUUGUAGCGGGGAUGUAACCUCAUUCAGACACCAGUGAAUUAAUUUAUCUGUCCGCUUGUAAAACCAGGAAUAUUUCACAAAUUUCAACAUGUUGAAAAGUCUGUUUUCUGCAGAUUUGAGUACUUAAAUACAAUAUUCUCAGUAACUUUUUAAAGACAAAAUCAAAACCAAAGGUCGACAAAAGAAAUAUGUUUCUGCUAGUUGUUUUAGCUGGUACUUAAAAUUUGUGAGAGGGUUGCUAUACAGCACUUAUAGAUGUACAUUCUUCUUCAACUCAUCAGAUUUAGUUCCUUAUAUGAAAUAUCAUUACAGACAGUAAUCCUUGAUCAUUGGAUGUAGAAUAGUGGUGACUUCAUGAGGUUGUUGGAUAUUUCUGGUUUUAUAAUGUUGUGUUUAAAUUAUUAUGUACAAAGAAUGUAAACAGGAUGAAAAAAAUGUGUUAUUUAUUUGAUUUUUAGUUUGAUUACAUAAUGUCUCUAAAUCUCCAUAUACUGACAAUAUAUAAAAUUUUGCAGAUAUUAAAGUCAUCAUAAAGCUUA